GCCCUUUUCUUUGCUGGUGCACAGGACAGUCACCAGAGGGAAGGAAGGAGAGAAGGCAACGGGACACCACGAAGGGUUCUUCUAGCUGAGCAAAGGCGGGAAAAGACCAAAGGUACCGUGACUUGCAUCCUGAAACCAUGGGUUUAUUAGAGUGCUGUGCCAGGUGCCUGGUGGGAGCCCCCUUUGCCUCCCUGGUAGCCACAGGCCUGUGUUUCUUGGGAGUAGCCCUGUUUUGUGGCUGUGGCCACGAAGCGCUAACCGGCACUGAGCACCUGAUCGAGACCUACUUUUCCAAAAACUACCAAGACUACGAGUACCUGGUAGAUGUGAUCCAUGAUUUCCAAUAUGCCAUUUACGGAAUCGCCGGUUUCUUCUUCCUCUUCGGAGCCCUCCUCCUGGCCGAAGGCUUUUAUACCACCGGCGCUGUCAGGCAGAUCUUUGGCGACUACAAGACCACCAUCUGUGGCAAGGGCCUCAGCGCUACGGUAACAGGGGGCCACAAGGGGAGGGGUUCCAGAGGACACCGUCAAGCUCACUCUUGGGAGCUGGUGUGUCACUGUUUGGGCAAAUGGCUAGGACAUCCUGACAAGUUUGUGGGCAUCACUUACAUCUUGGCCGUCCUUUGGCUUCUGGUCCUGGCCUGCUCUGCCGUCCCUGUCUAUGUCUACUUCAGCACCUGGACCACCUGCAACUCCAUUGCCAACCCGACCAAGACCUCAGCCAGUAUUGGCAACCUGUGUGCUGAUGCCAGAAUGUAUGGUGUGCUGCCCUGGAAUGCAUCUCCAGGAAGAGUCUGCGGCCAAAGUCUCCUCUCCAUCUGCAAGACUGCUGAGUUCCAGAUGACCUUUCAUCUCUUUAUUGCCGCAUUUGUGGGGGCCGCCGUUACUCUUGUGGCCCUGCUCACAUUCAUCAUUGCUGCCACCUACAACUUUGCAGUCCUCAAACUGAUGGGAAGAGGCACAAAGUUUUAAGCAUGAGCGAAAGAGAGAGCCGUUAUCCUUCACCAGAUGCUCUUCCUCCUCUAACUACCAGGCUUUAACCCAACCAGGCAGUCACGCUGCACCUGGCCUCCUCCUCCUCCUCCUCCUCCUCCACCUUUAACACCAUCUGACUGCCCUUCCCCCUUGUGCCAAUGAAGCAGGCUGUGUCCCAAGGAUGGAGGAGAAACUCUUCAGCACUGUAGCUACAGUUCUUCAUGCUCUCAUCUCCUGGUAGCUCUCUGGGACUACCCAACCGGGAGCUCUCUGCCUCAUACCGGGAGGGAGAGAGCUACCUGCUCCAAAGGAGGCCCAGAUGGUCUGGUCAGCCGGCUGAGCCACCCUGAGAGAGAGAAGAGCCAGCUAUGCUAGUUCACCAGCUUUCUCCUGCGGUGGCACCAGAAGCAGCGGAGAACAAAAGGUGCCCCUAGAAGAACCUCCCCAUCUCCUGGGCAAGAGGGCUUAGAGCCAGGAUCUUCCCAGGAGGGAAAGAGAGCACUGAGCCGCUGUCUUGUUGAGAGGUGAUCUUGCCCAGAGCCCCAGCCACCCUCCCAAGAGCCCCGAGGAACCUGGGGAAGGGGCUCUUCUAUCCAUCCUUUGAGGACCAGGCAAAGCUAGGCUGAUUGGUUCCAGCUUCCUUGGGCCACACCAGCUGGGCAGAGGAGCACCCAUAACCAGAAGCUGCAGUGUCUAAUGCUAGGAGCUCCUUCGUUAGAGGAGGGGAUCGUAACCCUGGGCCGUGUGCUUUCCCUUUUGCCACUAGCUGUGGAACCCAAAGUCUCUGACCGUCAUAUUGGUGCUCUUCUCUCCCAGUGACUGCUGCUUCUAUCAUAAGUCUGCUUCAUUAGGGAUCAUUUGCAGAAUAUAACCCGUAUUCCUUUCCUUAUAAUUACUCUUUCCAAUUUCUGGCAAACUGAAAACCAUCCCAGUUAUAUGGAGCCUCCUGUCUUGGUGACUUGGUCCAAAUAGAGAGGUAAAAGAAGAGAAACGCACUGAACAUUCUGGACACGAUUUUCAUAAAACAAGACAAAAUUGCUUUGGUCUCUGUGGGAAAAGAGCAUCCCUGAACUUCCCACAAUUAUAUCAAGCGGAAAAAAGGGAUGGACUGAAAGUGUCAUCGAAGCUCACCCCGAAAGGCCCGGCGAGGAGGCUGGUUUGAAGAGGGGCUUCUUGUCCACGGAAGCAAAGCCCUAGCCGUGAGCUCCCUGGCCUACCAGGCUCAGCCAGCCAGUGCUGGACUUCAGCCUUGGGGGUCUGUGUCAGCAAGGGGGGGGGAGAUGGCUAGGCAGGGGCCAGUUCCCUGGAUGGCUAACAAUCAGGGCAGCCCUGCUGAGCAGGCUUGGCCCAGGCAGCUGAAACCCACUCCGGAUGAACAUGUGAACAGAGCCCACCUGGAAAGCAGAAGCGAAUACUGGGGGCAAAUGAAGUUGUCUAUACCUGAUAUUUCACGUUGAUCGAAAUGCAUAUAACUGGGACUUGAGCCCUCCAAAAUCCCUCGGUAUAAACACUGGGGAACCAGCUAAUAAGCUAAGUGUGUUUCUUUCUCCUUUUGAAAUUCAUUUUUAACAAAGCAUGACAAAUUUGUUUUUUGAGACUUACCUUGCCUACACCUUGCAGGUGUAUUUUGUAAUAUUCAAGGAAUAAAAGUUACGACUGUUCUGAAGAA